AUGGCUGCCAUCCAAGCCCAACUUGACCGUGGGGCUGUGCCAAACCACAUUUCUAACGUAUGUCCCAAGGGGACCAAGUUCCAUAUCCUUGAGGUCGGUUGGCUGGAAUGCGAUGAAGCCUUCGUAGUGCGAGGCGGGAACACGAGCACACUGAGUACAAAGGACAAAUCCUUUGUUAACAAGCGUCGAGAACUGCCAGUGUUCUGUGUUCUGAUCGAACACCCCCACGAAGGCCUGAUCUUGUGGGAGACGGGAUGCGGGAAAGACUAUCCGGAAGUAUGGGGGCCACAAAUCGCAGAUGUCUUCGCCCGCAUCAAAUACGAGCCUCGCCAUGAGCUACAGGCCGCCGUCGAAGCAACAGGCAAUAAGCUGGAGGAUAUCAAGAAAAUCAUCAUAGGCCAUUUGCAUCUAGAUCAUGCUGGGGGCUUGGACGUCUUCCUCGACAGAAAAGACGUCGAAAUCUGGGUCCACGACAAAGAACUGAGAGCCGCUUUCUGGUCCGUUGCAACUGGUGCUGAUGUUGGGGUGUACAUGGAGCAUUACCUGAAAUUGAGCCUCAACUGGAAGACUUUCGAUGAGCGCACAUUCGAUUUCUGUCAAGGAAUUACCCUGCACCAUUUGCCAGGACAUACAGACGGAUUGAUUGGCAUGCAAAUCAACAUGCCAGACAGUGGCACUUUCCUCUUCAUUAGUGAUCAUUGCCACGUCAUUGAGAAUUGGCGCGAUGGUAUCCCACAGGGUUGGCUGGCAAGAGAUCAUCCAGCGUGGUUCCAGAGCACGCAACGACUGAAGCAGCUGGAGAGGACGACGAAAGGCCAGGUCAUCCCCGGACAUGACAAGGAAACUUAUUUGGGUCUCAUCAAGGAUGGCACCGUGUAUACUUGA